AUGACAGCGCCAGAUCAGUACCGCGAUGACUUCGACAUCACCACAAACAUCCGCAGCCUCUCCAGCAAACCGCAGAUCCAGCCAUUCGCCGGCCGCAUUGGAGGAAACCAAGGCCUCGUCCUUGAUCGUCAUGACCCGGGCAACCUAGAAGUUCUAAAGAAGACGCCCGAUGCGGCCCCGUUGAUGACCUUCCGGGACGCCUACAAUUUCCAUGGAUUUAUUGACUUGGAUCUCUGGCGAUUUGCGUUGAUCGAAUGCGUCGGCACCAUGAUGCUCUCGUUUAUCACCGCGUGGAUGGGUAGCUCGCCGCUGCCGGCUUCAUCUACCCCUCCAGACACGGCAGGGGUGUUCGGAACGCCAGAGUUUCUCGGUCCACUAUUCGGUGGCAUUAGCAAUUGGCUUUUCCUCACGCUGUUCAUCUUCUCUUUCUCGUCUAUCAGCGGGAGCCACCUUAAUCCAACAAUCACCCUGGCGACAUUCUUCGCGCGAUUAAUCUCGUUUCCACGCGCCGUCCUUUACCUCGGUGGCCAGAUCCUUGGCGGAGCAUUGGCUGGCUGGAUUUUGCAGCCGGCAUGGGGCUCAGAGGCGUUCCUGGUUGGGGGAUGCUAUAUCAACACAGAGCUCGUCCCGGUCCGACAGGCUCUCCUGCUGGAAUUCAUUUGCUGUUUAAUUCUGAUAUUCCUGGCAUUUGGCGUAGGGCUGGAUCCCCGGCAGGUGCAGGUGUAUGGAGCGGCGCUGUCGCCUUGGCUGGUGGGACUAGCACUGGGGCUAGUCAGCUGGGGCUCUGCCUAUACACGGAAGGGAUAUAACGGCGCGAGUAUGUUGGUCUUCAGUCUUGAUAUCCGGUUGCUGAUUGAGGGUAUACAGGCUUGA